CUAUAAGAGGCCUUGUCCACUCCAGUUGGACCCUUUUCAGGUCACACACCAAUCGUUGCACGCGCUGUGUGGAUUUAUUUCGAGAGCUGCCGAGUGCUCCCUUUUGAGGGUCGUCUUCACAAGCAGCCUUUUUGAGACGCGACAAAGCGAUCAGCAUUUUAUACUCUGUGCACACGGAAGUAUUUUUAACGUUUCGACCGACACCGAUUCCUUGGAUCUAUUGAGCUACUAAAGUUAUAGGCGUAGUUUGAACCUGAGCACACACCUAGCACCCCAGGGUGAAGGCUGACCGGACAAUGUCACACAGCAAUGGACGAGGUCAUGGGGGCCUUAACCAACUAGGCGGAAUGUUUGUGAAUGGACGGCCACUUCCUGAAAUGAUCCGCCAGCGAAUUGUUGACAUGGCACACCAGGGAGUUCGUCCCUGUGAUAUUUCACGACAGCUGCGAGUCAGCCAUGGCUGUGUGAGCAAGAUAUUAGGAAGGUACUAUGAAACAGGAAGCAUCAAGCCUGGUGUGAUUGGGGGCUCCAAACCAAAAGUUGCCACACCAAAAGUGGUGGACAAGAUAGCAGAAUAUAAGCGUCAGAAUCCUACCAUGUUUGCCUGGGAGAUCCGAGACCGGCUACUGUCUGAGGGGGUGUGUGACAAUGACACGGUGCCAAGCGUCAGCUCCAUUAAUAGGAUUAUUCGGACAAAAGUUCAACAGCCAUUCAACCUUCCAAUGGACAGCAAGGGCCUGAGCCCUGGGCACACGCUGAUCCCAAGCUCUGCAGUGACGCCCCCUGAAUCCCCCCAGUCUGACUCACUGGGUUCAACUUAUUCCAUUAACGGACUGCUGGGUAUUGCGCAGGCUGGUGGCGAAGGCAAGAGAAAGCAUGAUGACAGUGACCAAGAGAGUUGCCGCCUUAGCGUGGACUCUCAGAGCAGUGGGGGUGGACCACGGAAGCAACUACGACCUGAUCACUUCCCGGCUCAGCACCUGGAAGGGUUGGAAUGCGGCUUCGAUAGGCACCAUUAUCCGCCUGAUGCUUUCACAUCACCCAACCACAGCAAAACUGAGCAGGCUCUUUACCCAUUGUCCCUGUUGAACAGCAGCGUGGAUGAGUGCAAGAAUGCCCUGUCCUCGUCAAGCACCGCUAUUGGCCGCAAUCUCUCUGGACACCAGGGAUACUCUGUAGUUUCUACCACCGACUUCCAUUCUCUUCCUCUGUGUGUCAAGCAAGAGUCUUUCCCGGAUCUGACUCACCCCGGUUCCUGCUCCCCCACCUACAUGCCAAACCCUGCCCUACUAGAGCUGCAGCCAAUCCAGGCUGCCAUCUCCGUCAGUAGCGGCUCUCAUAUGCCGCACUUCAGCGCAUUUUCCCAGCAUGCCCAAGCAUAUGGACAGUUCAGCAGCCAGCCCAUCAUUUCAGGUCGGGAUAUGGUGGGCUCCACUCUUCCAGGCUAUCCCCCACACAUUCCCACCAGUGGGCAGACGGGCUACAGCUCCUCAGCAAUUGCUGGUAUGGUGGCAGGUAGCGAUUAUUCAGCAAGUGCUUACUCACACCCGCCCUACACCUCAUACAGCGAUGCCUGGCGCUUCACCAACACCAGUAUUCUCGGAUCACCCUACUACUACAGCCCAGCCACCCGGUCUGCCCCUCCUUCCAGUGCCACUGCCUAUGACCAUCUCUAGUGCCCGCCUAUAUGGCAGAGCAUCCAGAGCUAUUCUAGAUGACCAUGAAAACAUAAGACACAUACAAAUAACAAGAUCUGAGCUACUCUCCUGGGCCUCCUUCUGUUGAGGACAAUGUUCAUGACGACACAGAAGGAGCUUUCACCUAAGCUCUCAUCCUGGUGAUAGACGAAAAUAAAAGCACCAAAAGGCCUCUGGCAGGCAGGGCAGGGCAAAAGAACAAAAACAAACUAAUUAUGUAGGCUGACACCAGCUGGAACUGGAACUUCUAGAAGAACUAUGGAGAGGAUGUAGUAAAAUUGUGAACUGAGCCAAGGAGCAAAAUGGACAAGACUCCUAAUGAGCAAGACCUUCACAUUAAGUUCUCCUCCUGUUGUUGCCUGGUCUGUUUAUAACAGUUCAUAUCAAAGUUCAACCUAAUUGGUUACCUUGGAAUGCCAGUCUGAACGUCUCAGUAAAUGGAAGGCAGUCAGUCUACUUCUGAGUGUGCUGUUGCUCCACAUUUUGUGCAAUUGGACAGUGUAACAUGAGUGGUGAAAAAAUGCUGGAGCUGAAGGUCACACCCCAGAACCUUAGAUCCCCAAACCCCAACCCUUCAAGUAUUAAAUGUGGGCCAGCAAAUAAUCCAGGAUGAUGAAUUUGGAGGCAAAAUGGCCACAAUUUCAAUUACUCAAGAGGAAAUACAUAAUGCUGAUAACUUGAAUGGUUCUGUUUUAAAAGGUACAGGACAAAGUAUGGUGGUGGGUGUUAUGGAAACUGCAAAAAGCCACCUUUGUGAAAAAUGACACUGUACUGCCAAGGAGUACCCCAGCCCAAACAUCACUGCCUAACCAGCUUUGAGAAUGACGUAAUGACCAUCCCCAUCCCCAUUGAACUGUUAAAAAUGAACCUGGGAGGGUUAAUCUAUAAGAGUCUGUUAGCAUAAGGUUGGGUCCCAGUGAUGCAAGCCUUUCUUCAAAUCAAAUACAGAAGUGCGUCUCUUCUGAUGGUUGCAUUUAUACGUUCUCUUUUAUCAGACUCCCAUGUUCUUCAGUAUGUGUAGUGUUUUCCAGUCCUAGAUUGAUGACUUCCCUUCUCAGUCUUUCUAAUAUGGAUGGGGUGGCACACCUUCAGCUAGCUAUCUGGCUGUUGUUUACUCAAACUGGGUUUGUCAAGCUGAUAGACGUGGUUUACAUUCAAAGAGUAGCUAGCUGGAGGCUAAUAAGACAUCUCACCCUGGACUCAAUAAUAGUUUUAGUGGAAUAUUCUAUUGACCAGAUCAUUAGGCUGAAAAGACUGGGUACCUUCAGGUAUAACGUAAAGUAUGUAGUAUGGAAUUUGCAUGAUUCAUUGAUUGGCAGGAGUCCCCAAUAUGCCUGAUAUGAAAUGAAUAAACCCAACCAAUGUUUCAAAAGAGCAGCAGAGACGUAGAAAGACACUUAAUCUGUUUGACCUGCUGGGCAUAUUUAGACCUGGUUCACAUCAGCCUCUCAAACUUGAGAUCACGUCACCUCAGUGCUGCUCCAUUUUGACCUCCAAAGCAUAUUUACCUGGCACACCAACAUCAGUAAGAUAUUAUAAGAAAUAUAGCCCCAUUUCUAGGUUUUUACAUCAAAAGUGAUUCAUUUUCGAAUCCUGGUUGAAGCAUUAUAUGAACAUUGCAGUUCUAUCCACACAAUAGAGUUGAUUUAAUUUGCAGAACAGAAAUGUUCAGAGAUUAGCAUGAAUGACUAGUUGAAUUCUGUCCUUAAAAUUUAAGGCAUAUUAUACAAAAUUAAUUAAAUGGAUCACCUACCAAACCGUUCAUACAUGACGGGCUUUGGGUCACAGAACACCACUCCAUUCCCAUAUUGGGGAACAUAUCAGUUGGUUUCUCCUUAGAGGUUCUUGCACUGAAAGUAGAAUACCUAAUGUAAGGUUACAUAGGGGACCAGCCUGAGACAAAGUAAUUUGUGCUUCUAACUAAGAACUCUGGGUCCAAACACUGUGUCCUGCUUUGUAUACUCUUUCUAUUUAUAUCUAGGUUUAUGCUCAGGGGGACCCUAAAGAAGUGUGUUUGUUAACUUAUUUGGCCAUGUGUGUGUGUGUUUGUGGGGUCGGGGGUGUGUAUGUACAGUAAGUGGGCCCAGCAGUGGAGUAGUGACCUGUCCAGAGCUGGUUCCUGCAUUUCUGACGAUGUUCUUGUAAUAGACUGUAGCCACCUGUGAAUUAAAAUUAAAUUAAUCUGGUUUGAUAAUGCCAUGUACAGUACAUAUGCGACCAGUCUGAAUGAAUUGUUCAUCUGAUAAACACUUAAGACUUUAUUUAUUAUUACUAAUUUAUGUUUUUCAUAUAAAUGUAAUGAUUAUUUUAUUGAUUCUCUCUGGCAGGUGGACUGAAAUGUCCUUCCACCUUUCAGGAACAGUAAACACUUAGCUCACCAAUCUGACAUCGUCUAUGGUGGGCAAAGUUAUUUGAAUGUUAAGUAAGCCACAGGCUGUGGAAUUUGGC